AGCCGAGUUCAGUCGGAAUGUCUAAAGUUAAGGUUGGAAUUAUUGGGGGUUCUGGAUUCGAUGACCCAAAUUUAUUCAAAAAAGUAGGAGUGCGACAAGUGACUACUCCGUUUGGAAAGCCGUCAGAUGCUCUUAUCGAAGGUUUUGUUGGAGAUGUUGCAUGUGUUGUGCUUCCCAGACAUGGUAAAGGACACUUAAUUCCACCCAGCGAAGUCAACUAUCGCGCCAACGUUUGGGCGUUGAGAGAUCUCGGGUGUACUCAUAUAUUAGCUACCAACGCUUGUGGUAGUCUACAGGAGGACUUAGUACCUGGAGAUUUCGUUGUUCUCAAUCAGUUUUUGGAUAAAACUUGGGGUCGUGAAAAUACGUUUUAUGGAAGUAAACCUGAUUCAUUGAAAGGAGUCUUACAUAUGCCGAUGGCAGAACCAUUUUGUGAAAGAACACGUCAGGUGAAUUGGAAAUGUUUAAAAUGGAAUAUAAACAAACCAUUAGUCCACUGUGUACUGAAGUGUGCAUUUUCUAAUGACCAGGACUUCUAUAAACCUAAGAAUGAGCCACUUACAAUUGUUUGAAGGCCUACUCCAUGGUCUUUUUUCAAUCAUAUACCUUGCUAUCAAGUGGGACACAGUUGUCUGCCGCUGCGCCUAACUAUUCUUGUUAUAUUGUCUAACUUCGAAGAUGUUUCUGAGCAUCCUGCUUUGUUUCUAAUUUGAGAGCUGAAUUACUUCUCCAUCUCACUACAUUUUCAAGAUUUACAAAAUGUUAAUCCAGGCGGCCAAAAAUAAAUCAAUAAAUGUUUAUGACAAAAAAACUAUGGAUAAAUCCGCCUGUAUUCAUCCAUGUGUACAUACUGAAGGUUCUGCAGUAACUAUCAAUGGUCCACGUUUUUCAACUCGUUGCGAAUCAUUCGUUCAUAAGGCAAUGGGAUUGGAUAUAGUUAACAUGACAUUAGUUCCUGAAGUUUCAUUGGCUCGUGAAGCUGGUUUAAGUUAUGCUUCUAUAGCAAUUGUUACAGAUUUUGAUUGUUGGAAAGCAGAUGAGGAACAUGUGAGAAAGUUAUACUUACUGGCUACUUUUUUAUAGUAAUUUAUAGAUACACACAUAAGGAUGUCCAAUUAUUUUGUUAUGCUUCCAGUAUGAGGUUGUGAAUAUCAAUGAAGUUGUGAUUGUAUUCGUCUUUAAAUUUGAGGAUUUUCAUGCAUUGUUAGACUUUUUAUUUCUAGGAAUUCCUAAAGUAAAGUAUAAUGGUUAUUAAUUGUUGGUUAAUAUGCCGGGCUACUUUCAUUUAUAGUUGUUCAUAAUCGAUAGUAAAAAAUCUAGGAAGUUUUGUGACUUAGUAAUUAAAGCACUCAGUUUUUUCAACCAGUAGAUUUCAGAUUCGAAUCCAACUCGACUUAUUUCUGUCUGGUCAGUUAGGUAGUAUUAUUAUUCCUUCCACAGAAUAGUGUGACUCAAAUUCGAGUAUGUAACCCUUUACUUAAUAUACGAGGCACAUUAUAGUUCUUAUUGUUGCUUAACCAACCAAACACCAAUCUUUUCACUAAAUAGAUG